AUGGUUGAUGUAGGGUCGAAAAGAGUGAAUAUUCAGUUUCCGACUGGCGUAGAUUCAUUUGAUAGUGGACCUUCGUGUAGUGAAACAAUCUCUAUUUCAUCAUCGAUGCGUACAGUUCCGGUUGAUUUGCAGAACGAACCUUUGUCACCAGUUUCUGAACGUUAUCGCCUUAAAAAAUUUCACCUGCAGCAGAAAUAUGAUUAUAUUUAUAUGUCCAAUAGCCGGUUACGCAAUCGUUUAUACCAUAUCAAAAAGGAAAUCAACCAUUUGAAGCGCCUAAAAAGAGUACUUUGUCAGCGACUGUUCACAUUUCGUGAUCCGUUUAUGGAUUCAUGCCUUGAAAUUCCUGAUAAUGAUCCGACACCUUCAGCAACAGAGAAAAUUUCAAGCGAUACUGUGGGGAAACCAUCUGGCAGUUCCAAAAAGAAGAAGGCUGCGGAUGUUAAAAGGCAAGUAAAUGAAGUGUCAUCGAUGGUGGAAAUAGCGAAGAACAGUGUCAUAUCAAUAAUAGAUUCGGUGAUUACUGAAUCUCAUGAAGAACGGGUGCGUGCUAAUCAGAACUCCAACGGGCAAAAAACACCCCAGCAAUCUCCUACCGUUCCAGCUUCAAACGAAUCAGUGCGGAAUGAAGCAGGAAACGAGGGGGUCUCUGAAGAUGGUGAACCAGUCAUUGAAAGGAUGUUACGCUCUUCAUCUGCAGAUCAUUUAUUACCUGCUGAUCCAGAUUCCGACCCUAAUAAUGUACUUACUGGAUUUGGUGAAAAUUUGGAGGAAAAUUUUAUGGCUCAAGACUAG